CGCAACCCCUUUUGACUGUACUUUCUCAUGUACGUACUUAUCGAAAGGGGGGAUGGCAAAUGAUACAAAAACGUAUUCUGUAGAUGUUGACGUUCAGCUGGAUUUAAGUAUAAACAAAUGGCUGACUAGCGGUGAUUCCUUUGGACCAAUAUUACGCGAAAGAUCGCACAGCAGCAGUAUUUUUUCAGAUUCCUCGAUAAAAUCAAGCCGAGUCACAGAGUCAGAGUGGGGUAAACGAUUAUAUUUAGAAAACAAAUUCCAUAUAUACUAUCAAGAUAACUGGAUUUUAAAUCCAUCUGACUUGUUAGAAAAAAUUCACUCAAUAGACGUUUUGAACGAAGAACAGACAGAAUAUACUCUUAAGGUGAAAAGUCAUUUAGAGCAAAUUUCACCUGAUACUGCAAGUUUAUGCCGAUUACCAUUUGAAAGAGAAAUAUUUGACGAAGCUAUUAACCACAUGCACAGUCUAUUGGAUCCGGAAAAUGAAGCAGAAAUCUCUUUCAGACUUCGAGUUGGCAAUUUCAUUGAAGCACUUAGGGACUUAGCGGAUGAUGUGGAAAAAUAUAACUUGAACGAUGGAAGUUUUACCAAAAUGCUAAUUUCAUUUGCAGAAAUGUGUUGUUUACGUACCUGCUUGACACUUGGUAAAGGCGAUGAAGUAGUUUGGGAAAAUGUACUUGGAAGUAUGAAAGUAAUGUCAAUCCCAGCCAUCAGAUUAAAGAAGUGUGGAAUACAAUGUUUGAGAGAAGAUUUGGAGUCACCACUUGUUGUAUCAGUGGUCGAGGUAAAGAAAGACUCUACAUUAUCUAAUAUGGAUUCCAUGACUGAUGAAAUUGAAAGUGCCAGUGUAGAUUCAGACUCAUUUACCAAUUUCCAAAUAUUUGAAAAUUUUCGAAGUGAAAAAUCAACUAGAAUUGAGGAAUAUUUUAAUUCAAGACUCCUUGGACAACAUGCUGGGGAACUAUUGCUGAACCUUUAUGAAUUAACUAAGAAAUGUGACAAAUUGACAAAAUUUACAAUUCCAGGAAUGAUCGUCAAUAAAACAGAGGUGAUGCUUACAUUGCUGGAAAUGUCACAAGAACACUUUGAUAGACUGAAAAAUGAACAAGUAAUAGAGGAAAGUGAUAGAGCUGUGAUUUAUUACUCCAGGCCUUUCGAUAUCAUUUACCCUAAUGAUCGAAACACAUUAAUUGACUGUUUUAUGAGAUUAAACAAUAUUGAAUAUAAAUAGACAAAUUUAUAGAUUAUGAUAAGGGCUUUUCCAUUAAAAUGUAUGUGGGAGGGUAGGAAGAAAUUAUCUAAAAAAUGGUUCUUUGUUGUAGGGAUAUUUUAAAAGUCCCUUCCUACCCUCCCACAUACAUUUUAAUGGAAUAGCCCUAAUUUACAAAUAUAUAUUUUUUGUAAAUGUCAAUUAAUUGUUAAGGUUUGUUUAUAUCAACUUGGUGUAAGUUAAUCAAUCCUUAUUGAUGCUUAAACUUUUUAUGCCCCACUUAGGGGCAUUAUGUUUUACAGUGUGUGUGUCUGUUUGUUUUACCCUAAUGAUCGAAACACAUUAAUUGACUGUUUUAUGAGAUUAAACAAUAUUGAAUAUAAAUAGACAAGUUUGUAUUUGACCGUGAUAAUUAACAAUUAUAUAUUUGUACAUGUG